CCCUGCCACUGCACUGCAACUUCACUGCCCCAGCCCUCAACGAGGCCUUCAGGGGACGGACUCCAGGUUUCAGGGAUGAACUAGACGAGGCUACCACUACUAUCUCGUCGUCUCCGGCCAUUGUCGACACGCACGUUCCAAUUGUCUGUGUCUCUGCGCAGUCCCGAGGGCUCUCUCUAAUCGGUGUGGUUUGCAGCCUCGAUAACUCGAGUGCCGACGUUCUUUGCAGUGCAACCAACAAAACAACGCGCUCCCUCCCCUUCGCAUCGUCAUCAUUCCGCUGCCGUGUCUGGAAACCCAACACCCAAUGUCCGCGACGCCCACGCUGCUCAGCGGCUCGAGUUCAAUCGGCUUGCAACGCCGCAUUUCGACAUUCUGCUAGCUAGCCACCAUUAGCGAUCGGUUCACUCUCCAGAUGCUGCACUGGUGAACCACGCCGCAGUCGUCCUUCAAUGUCGUCGUCAAUCCUCAGCAGUGCUAGUAUUCGGCCGCCGCAGUCAGAGCGUCGGUCGUCGUCAAGGGUGCCGGGCGGGUUUGAUGCUGAGGAGGAGGAGGAGGAUGAUAUGUCGCCUGCUUCAAGCGAUCAUGAACUGAAUGAACACCACAAUGAGUCGUCUUGGUCGCGGGAUCCUGGCGAUUCGAGUGGGUUGUUGCCAGUGCCAGGCGAAGACAGAGACAACAGCACGAAUGACUUGCCGCAACCGCUAGAGAGGGACAACAAUGUGAACGCGCCGGGAAACAUGACGCUGGAGGAGAACACCAACAUGGAUGGUCCAGCAACCGUCACCUUAGACGAAAGUGACAUGAACAAUAAACUUCUUGAAGUCGAAUCCAGUUUCCUCCCCGAGCGAUCGCAGUUCACCGGCAAGGAUUCAACGACCGCCGGUGCCGACGACACUCACCUCUUCGGCAUUCCCAAUCACAACCUUGCCGUGCGCAAGAAGCCACAGCCCAUUGUGGUCUCCUACCAUAGUGACGAAACGGAGAACCACCAUCACGCGCGCUCCAGAUCCACCGAGGUGCAGCAGUCACCACGUACCCCGCCUGGCGGUUACAAGACUCCGGCACCUGAACGGCAAGACUUCGCUGACUUUGAUGAGUCCGACGGGAACACGCCUCAGAUUCCCAACACGUCUGCGCUGGAAAAUAUGUCGUCUUCGCCCACUGCUGCGGCCGCCGCACGUACCCUUAACAGAGUCCAGUCCCUGGCGACGAUGGGCGGAUAUGAGACUGCGAAUGAGCAAGAUUAUGAUUCUGGAUCCGAAAGGGCUGAUACUGGUGAAGAAGAGGACCCUGAUCUAGGAGAAGAUGGUCAUGGGACGGAUGUGUCUGGAUCAGAGAAACGACAGGCCCAUUCUAGCAACGAGGCCGUGGUUGAUGCCGACGCCACGCCACGAAGAGACCGGUCACAGCCCCGGCAGGAGAACCAGUAUCUGAACGUCCCUGGUGCCGUGGACGGACAGCAAGAAAGGGCAGACAGCAAGUCGGACCCGAGCUCCAAGCGGCCACAGUACUUGCAUAAACGGUCUUCACAGGCUCGACUGUCGUAUGACUCCAUGGCUAGUUCGAAUACCGAUGCCAGUGAGGUGACUCUCGGUGCAGACUUUGCUCUACAGUCGGGCGGGGCUUUGCCCGAGUCUGGCGCACAACGCAAGUCGAGGCUAACGAUUUCCCGACAAGCGAGCCUGGGGAGCAUGAUGUCCGGGAUAUCGGGGAUCAGUGAUGAGUCGCAACCGCAGCGACACCCUUCCACCUCGGACUUGGGAACUGUACAAGAAGAGUGUCCCCGAUCAAGUAAAGGUGGAGGAGGACUGGCGACGCCGCGAGCAUCGACAUUUAACUUCAAUAUGCCUACUGAUACCGUCAUCGCUAAUAACGUGCGGGAUCUAGAGGUUCCGGGCACGUUUGCCCGCCAGUACCGACAAGAACGGAGCAUGUCCCCUGAUAAGAACAGUAUUGUCUUUGGCAUGACACCGGGCCCGAAGCGUGGGUUGACCUUGAAAGAGCACAGAAGCACCGUUGAGAAGCUCGGCAAGGAGAACUUUGACUUGAAGAUGAAGAUACAUUUCUUGGACCAGGCUCUGCAGAAACGGUCUGAAGAUGGUAUCAAAGAAAUGAUCACGGAGAAUGUACAAUUAAAAUCGGAUAGGCUGAGGCUGGAAAACGAUAAUCACAAUCUACGGAAGCAGGUCCGUGAGUUACAGAAGAAGCUAGAGGAAAGUGGCGCUCGCGAAUCCCCUCACGGCGAUCCCGGGUAUGAGACUGACGAGGAUCGAAGUCCAACGGCAGAGGAAGAGGUUAUCUACCUUCGCGAGAGGGUCGAGAUGAACGAAGUCGAGAUAGAAAAGUUGCGAUCUGAGAACUUUGCCAAGGAGUCGGAGAAACGAAGGCUGGCAGAGAUGGUCAAGUCACUGGGAGACACCCGAGCAGCCACAUCCGACGUGGGCUCGAGAGAAGAGCGCGACAUGUGGAAGGACAUGCUCGAGGCCGAAACAAUCGCCCGGGAGCAGUCUGAGGAGGACAAUAAGAGGCUUCGUGAGGAAAUUGCGAAGCUGCGAAGCGAGUCGCUCGCUUCAGGCAAAUCCAACUCGCGAAAAUCUCGUUUGGCCGGCUCGGUCGUUUCGCGGUCCAGCAGCGUCGAGACAGCUGCGAACGCCGCCCAAGCUGCGGAAAUCGAAAGACUCAGGCACGAGGUCUCGGAACUGCAAAAGAUGAUCGGUGCGCAGGCGUCUACAUUGACGUCUCGCAACAAGGAGAAAGAACGCUUAUACCAAGAAAUUGAGGAUUUGAAGCUAGGUCGGAUGGGUGGACUUCGAUCCGUUGCCGGUGAUAGCAUUCUUGACCGGUCGGCUUCUCGCGCAAGAUCCCACUCCCGCGCCAGCAAUGGGACACGGGUGUCUCGACUAGAUGAGGAGGAACGAGAGACACUGGAGAAUAGGAUCAAUGAGCUUCGUGAUGAAGUCUCCCAGUUGAAACUCGAAAAUCAGAACCUGCAAAGUCAGUUCGACGAAGCUCUAGCCGAGCUUGAUGCAGUGGAUGCGCAAGCCCAGGCCGAUGCGGAUCAAUUCAAUGAGGAACUGCAGCUACUCACUCAAGAGCGUGACAAUGCCCUACGUGAAGCCGAGGAGCAGGACCAGGCUUUUCAACAACUCAAGAACGAGGCUCAAGAAGAGAUUGACGGUCUGGGAGAUGAGCUGGAUGCUAAAGUCGAGGAGUGUGCAAGGCUUCAGCAAGAGCUCCAGGCACAGAUUGACAAUGUCAAGGCAUUACAAUCGGAAAUGCGCUCGGCUUCCGAAGGCCUUGUUCGUCUCGAAGAGGACGCACAGCAGAAUUUGGCCCGCUAUCAGUCGGUCAAGGCUGAGCUUGAUGAGUCCAAUCGGGAGAUCGAGAGUCUCGAAAAGUCGCUGGCUGAGGCCGAAAGCAAGGUGCAAAGGCUGACUGUGCAGCAAGAGAGCAGUCACAAUGAGAUCGCGUUCCUUCGCGAGGAGCAAGAUUCCGACAAGAUCAAGAUUGGUGACUUGGAGUCCUUGCUUAAGAAGGUCCAUCUGAACCUGGAAUCAGAGAGAGACAAGAGCCGCGAGCUGGAGCGUCGUCUCCACGAAGAAAGAGCUCAACGGGAGGCGGUGGCGAGUCAAGAGAAGCAGGAAGUUCAGAGAGUGAUUAACGACCUCAAUCGUGAAGCUGCGGGUGCCAAAGAUGAGCUUCGGAAGGUGCGGAAGGCUUUGUCGUCUCGCGACAUUGAAGCAAACGCUUACAAGGACCGUCUGGCUGAACUGGAGGAGAGCCUACGAAACAUCAUUGGUGACCCUGAGGGUUCGCGAUCGAGCCUCAUCAGCGCUGUUACCAAGAUGCGUCGUGAACUGGAUCAAGCCACCAUGGAUCUAGAGUCUGUUCGAAGGAGACUAAACGAAAGUGAAAGCCUGCUCGCCGAUCGUGAUGCGCUGUUGGAGUCUACCAGCCAUGAGUGCAAGAAACUGGCCGAGGCGCUUGAGCGUGAAAAGGCCGGGCGGCGACAAGACAAACUGGACUUCGAACGAACCAAUAAAGGCCACAAUUCCACCACCCGCGCACUCAGUUCGGCAUCUGCAAGAAUCGCCGAGUUGGAGGGCUUACGACAGAGUGAUAGAAAACGAAUGAGCCAGAUGGAAAGUCAAUUGAAGGAGCAGCUCAGCGAACGCAACCAAUUGCUGCUCACGCUCUGGAAACGACUGUCAGCCAUGUGUGGGCCGGACUGGACCCACAACAACAGUUUAAUCAACGGCAACUUGCCUUCGCAAGAAGUUAUUGGCAACAUGUUGUUUUGGCCUGGGUUCAGCAGAAAUCUCCUGCUUGCAGCCAGACAAGUGGAAGGCACUCUAUCCAGUUUCAAGGACAAGAUCAAGCGAGUGGAGCGGGAAUUGUACAAAGAAUACCAAGCGCUCGAACAGACCCUCGAGGUCCGCACCCGGAAGCUCGAACGGAUCGAAGAGAGUUGGGAGCAGAUGAAGCUGAAACUCUCGGAUCUGGAGGCGCGCUCCGGACAUCCUGAUCACCAUGGCCAUGGUCACAAGCACGGAUCCGGAUCCUCCAAACCAAGCAGGACCCCGGAAAUCAGCAAGCUGAAAGGCGAGAAUAGGCUACUGAAGGCGGAACUCCAAUUGCUUCAACAGCAACAGGCCCAUCAUAAUAUGCACCAUGGACGGAACAAGGCUGAGAGUCGAGCGUCUGGAUAUUCAAGCACCACGGUAAACGAAUUUCAAGGCCAGGGUCAGGGCCUGGACGGCACAGUGAACAGUGGAGUUGUUGGUGUUGGGGUACCGACUCGGUCGUCGAGCGUGAGGCGAAACAGCGGUCGACCCAUGGAGUUGCAACGACAUCAUUCGACGGGGAUGAUGGAGCAGUUCAGCAAUAUGAGUGGCGACAUGGCGUCGUUGCGGUCCAGUUCAAUUUCGAGUCGGAAUUCGGCCGCUCACGCGGCAUAUGCGGCCUAUACGCAAGGUGAGCGUGAACGCGACCGCGACCGGGAUAGGGACCGGCAGCAGCGAGAACGCGAUAGAGGGCUAAUGGUUCCAGUGGGACCGUUCAACGCGCCGGCAAACGGAAACUUUUCCUUGCCUCCAGCGGCCCCACCGCCGCGAGAAGCACCACCUAUGGCUCCCCGAAGUACUGGAUCCGGAUCCGAUAUUGCCAGUAUUACUACUGCGGUGAGCGUGGGCGGCGGGAAGCAAGGUCAAGGACAAGAACAAGGACAAGGAUCCGAGAAAUGGAUCCACCGCCUUCGAGAACUGGAGCGACGCCUGAAAGCCGAAAGAGAAGCUAGAUUGCUUGAUCGAAGCGGUGCCCGCAAGAGAUUGGAGGAACGCGACGCGGUCAACGAGGAGCUGAGAAGGGAGUUGGAGCGUGAGAGAGUCAAGAAGGGUUUUGUUUCCGGUGGCGAGCUGCAGCAGUUGCCCGGCUAUCCUACUGAAGGGCAACAUAUGGAUGUCAUCAAGCAAGGCCACCUGGAGGAUGGUGGUGGUGGUGAUGCCCAUAACAACAAGGCCCUACUAGAGGACGGCAGUUUACAGCCUUUCCCGGCGGGCGAAGCUCGUGCCACCGAAGUGGAAGCCCAUGCUACGGGAACGCAGGGACCACGAAACGGGCAAAGGAAGCGGUAGAUUCGUUUUGUCGGAUGGAAUUUGAAAGUGACGCGGUGGCAGAGAGAUGAGGAUUGAAAAGGAAAAGGUUGAUUGUUUUAUUUGAUCGGCUCAGCCGCCACUGGCAGUGAGUGCAUUGGGUGUCUUGGUUCACUCCGCAGAUGAGCAUUGGGGCGCAGUGGGAGGCGGGCAAGGCUAAGGAGGCCAGCUUUUGUAUCACUAUUGCUACCACUAGGAUUAUAGGACGCGGAUGGGAUAUCUCGUACAGAGAGCUACACACACACAGAGACAUAAGGGCAGAGGCCCCCUUUUUCAUGCUGUCCGCGACAAGGCUGAACUCGAACUUGGACUUAUUAUACUACAAGGUAUCCGUGACACGUGCAAAUAUUGAAUUGACUAACCUACUAGUCCAUUUUUAU